AUGACAUUCCAAUUACCUUCAUGUCUAAUCAAUUCAAAAUGCAUCAUUCACAUUGACCUUGACUGUUUUUAUUGUCAGGUUGAGGAACGAAGAGUAAAUUUGACUCCUGGAACACCAGCUGCAGUUCAACAAUGGGGCGGUCUUAUUGCAGUCAAUUAUGCUGCGCGAAGGGCAGGCGUACAAAGACACAAUACAGUAGAAGAAGCCCGAAAACUAUGUCCUGAAAUUAUGCUUCUUCAUGUUGCAACCUAUGCAGAGAAUGAUAAGGAGCCUCACUAUUAUCCAAACCCUGAUCGUGCGACCCACAAGGUGUCAUUAGAUCCUUAUCGAAAUGCAUCAAAACAAAUCUUUAAGAUUUUUUCAAAGUAUUGCUCGUCUCUUCAAAAGAUCGGUCUAGACGAAGCCUUUAUGGAUAUUACUCAGACUGUCAAUGAAAGACUCAAAUCUAAAUACAUCGAUCAGGUUCCAGAAUUAUAUGAAAAAUUGGAUGAUCUUGUAUGUGAGAUACCAGUCGACUGGGGCAAUUAUGGCAUUACCAUCAGAUCCGAAGAAGAGAAUUCUGGGGAUGCGAGCACAGAAAAAAAAGGGGACCUUGACUGGUCCCUCACGACAUGGUGUGACCUUCAACUUGCUGUAGGAGCAGAGGUUGCUGCCGAAAUCCGACAAGCUAUUUUCGAUGAACUAGGACUUACUUGCUCUGCAGGUAUUGCUCACUAUAAAGUCGUUGCAAAAUUGUGUUCAAGCAAGAACAAGCCUAAUAAACAGACAAUUCUGAGAAACGGCGCAUUAUCCAAUUUUAUGAAAGAUAUUCCAUUUACAAAGAUCAGGAAUUUAGGUGGAAAACUCGGCAGUGAAGUAGAGAGUGAUCUCAAGAUUGAUAAAGCAAGUGACUUGUGGCAGUAUAAUAUUGAGUUUCUUCAAGCAAAGUACGGACAAUCUACUGUUAAUGCUACAAAAGCCCCAAAAUCAUUAAUGGCCGCAAAGUCCAUGCGACAACCUGUCACGACGGCAAAAGAAAUGGAAAGAUGGUUGAGCACAUUGUGCGCAGAGCUGCAUACAAGAGUAACCACUAACCUGGAAGACUAUGGGUCAUGGCCUAAAACUCUGUCUUUACACUACAGAACUGCACGAGGCGCUGUACAAUCAAGGUCAAAGUCAUGUCCAAUGUUAUACAAGAGUGAUUUUAAAGAUUCGGUACAUUUAUCUAAGAUACAAAUGAACCCUGUCAUUUACAUUGCAUAUGUGUUAGACAGAUUCCUAAAGAGAGUGAUCGAGCUUUUUGGGACAAUUGAAGACCCAUAUCCUUGUGUAGGAAUCUCACUACAAGCAAAUGGAUGUGCUCAGGAUGAGUCCUCAUCUUCUCACGACAUUUCCAAGUUUCUGGUCCAGCGUUCGCAAAAACAACCGCCACAAACAAAUAUAUUAGAAAACAAACAAGAAUCUCAAGAAGCACAAAUUGUGCGUGGUCAACCUUCCGAUCGUAAACAUGGCUUUUUUGCCGCGUUUCACACCGAAACACAAAACACCCCGAGCAAGACCAGCCCAAGGGAUCCGGAAGACGCCUUGAGUUUCAAUUUGGAAACAACCUCGGAUUCUUUAUGGACGUGUGACAAGUGUCAUGAAAGAAUUCCGCAUACCCAAGUAGAAGAACACACAGACUAUCACUUUGCACUUGAGAUCCAGGUAUCUGAUAGGGUCCCAACUCAGGUAAACACGUCAUCAGUAUCAAUAGCAAAACCAAAGGGUAAAGGCAAACGAAAGUCAAAGGCUGAAAUAAGUAAGGCCGAAAAGAAACAUAAAAUAUCUACGUUUUUUCAAAAGUCAUCUUAA